CCAUAUGACGUUAGAGAUGGCAUACUCUACAGGAAGAUUACUCGUAACAAUGUGGCUUCAUGGCUACCCGUAGUUCCACGGUCUCUUAUUUGGACACUAAUUAAUCAUGUCCACAACGAAUUGCAACAUUUAGGCAGGGACAAAACUCUAGACAAGCUGUAUGAAAAGUAUUGGUUUCCCGAUAUGUCUUAAUAUGUACGAAAAUUUAUAGAUUCGUGUAUCAUUUGUGAGGCAUCGAAAGGUCCAUCGGGUGCUCAGCCUGUUCAGCUUCAUUCGAUUCCAAAAGUAUCCGUGCUUUGGCACUCGAUUCACAUAGAUUUUUUGGGGAUGAUGAGCGGGAAGAGUGACUGAAAGGAGUAUUGCUCGGUAAUAAUUGAUGCCUUUACCAAAUACGUUUUACUCGAACAUACUUUGUCAGUCGAUUCCAAGAGCGCAAUAUAUGCCGUACAAAAAGCGGUGUGUCUUUUUGGAGCCCCGAAAAGAAUCAUCGCAGAUCAGGGCCGUUGCUACGUUAGCUCAGAUUUUAAGGGCCUUUGUCAAGAGCAUAAAAUAGACCUUCAUUUCAUCGCGACUAGUACAAGUAGGGCAAACGGCCAAGUUGAACGAGUGAUGCGUACUCUAAAGAGCCUCCUUACUAUCAUUGAAAACGACCCUAACAAAGCGUGGCGUGACGAAUUAGGUAACAUCCAACUUGCUCUCAAUAGUUCUAAAUCUUCUGUUACCAAAUACUCACCGUCAAAACUAAUGUUUGGAAUUCGUUCUAAUUCUUUAGGAAUGUCUAAGUUGAACGCUGAUAAUAUAGAUUAUGAGGUUCUCUUAGAUUUAGAUUCGGUAAGAACUGAUGCAUCAGCUAACAUUUGCAAACCUGCUGAAUCUGAUACCCUUCGGCUUAAUCGUGGUCGAGCCACAAUAAGACCUUUCACUAAAGGAGACUUCGUAUUUAUUAAAAAUUGUGAACGGAAUAAAACAAAAUUGGAUAGGAAGUUUCGAGGUCCAUAUGUUAUAGUAGAAAUACUUGAAAACGAUCGCUACGAACUUAAAAGUUUAGGUGGUUUUCAGAGAAACUCUCACGAAAAUUUCCGCGCAAUACCCCAGGGACCAGGACGGCGUCGGAAGAUGAUGAAAGUAUAA